AUGGGCUCGAGAACAGCAAAGACUGACCGCCGUGUUAAAGACCGCUCUCGUAAUGGAUGCGAGAACUGCCGUCGAAGCAAAGUCAAAUGUGACGAGCAGAAGCCAAGUUGCACUCGGUGCUGGCAAAAGGGCAUUCCAUGUUCAAAGGCCACCAUCCAAUUGAAAUGGGAGUCUGAUUAUCAUGAGCGCGGAAUCGCCUUCGGAAGGUCCGGGCUCUGGGCAAGCAUUCAGACCAGCGGCGCAAAGCUCACAUGGAUUCCGAAACAUCUAGCCGAAAUGCCUCUGUUUGAACGAUUUUAUGACGAGGAUCUGGGCUGUUCAGAGCCUCGCUUGCUGCCGGCAAUCAAUACGAACAGAGAAGACGACACUUUUGGUUAUUCUUUUCCACCACCAUCCUCGGCCUCAUAUUCGUCUUCGUCUUCGCCGUCGUCGUUGGGUCUAUCUCACUGCCAAGAAAGCCCUGGGACGACAACACCGCAACCUCCACCAGCCCUUUCCUUCAUCCCAUCUUUAUAUGGAUUGGGGAACCAGCUAUUAUUCGACUACUAUGUAAAUCAAAUCUGCCCACGCACAGUGCCGAGUCCCACGUCGCGAUCCCCCUUUGCAUCCGUGAUUCUCCCAUAUCUUGUCUCUGCGUCACCCUCUGUGGUGAGAGCGGUCCAGGCAUUAUCGGCAUGCCACUGGGCACAAUACGACUCCCAAUAUAAGGGCCUUGCGCUCCAAUUAAAGUCCAAAGUCUUACGCGAUUUGAACCAGCAGAUUUCGACAGAUAAGAGCUCGCUGCUGAAUAACGACCCCGAGAUCCUCGUCAUCAUCAUGAUGUUAUGCCUCUAUGGGAUUGUUGAUCAUUGUGAUCAUAAAUGGAUCAUUCAUUUACAAGGCGCAAAGGACCUUAUCCGAUUACGGAAAACCCACCGCCAUUCAACAGAAUCAUCUCCAGGCGAGAGAGUUGAUCCGGUAUCUUCCUUCGCAGAGUUGUUCUUCGCCUUCCAAGACGUCAUGGGCCGAACAGCUUGUGCAAAGGCAGACCUGUUUGGACCAAAGUACUGGGACGAGAAUGACACCAACAUCAAUGAAUGGAUGGGGUGCAGUCCGGCGCUCGUCUCGAUUCUAUUCGCAGUCAUGGACUUGAGCAAGUCUCGACGACACAUGACAUCUGACAAGGACCAGGUUCAGUUCAGUAUAAAGGCUGCGGCCUUGAACAAUACUCUGCAAACCCUCAAGCAAAGCCAUAGCUCCUACACUGAGGACGGUAUUAUUCAGCGAAUCGCAGAUCUGAAACAACUUACCUGUACAGUGUAUCUGCACUGUGCAUUGUAUGGUGGCCGCCCCACUGAUACGUUCGUACGAUCGAGAGUACGGACCAUUUUGAACGAAAUUCUGAGUCUGCUGGAACAAGAAUCGGCUUGUCAUGUUAUUUGGCCAAUCUUUGUAGCCGCGGUUGAGCUUGAUCCGCUUGAAAAUGACCAUUGGGAGAACCCUAUUGCUGGAGAAAGCAUUGAUGGGCGAAGGCUGGUGCUAGAAUUACUGACGCGAAUGGCGAGAGUCAGUGUCUCUAGCGUAACUAGGGCUCGCGUGGUAAUCGAACAGGUCUGGCAAGCCCGGGACUUUAACAUCUCAAGAGGCUUCGAAGCAAAGGUAACCUCCAUGUCUGAGGUCAAUGACUGGGAGCGCUAUGUGGUACCAGUUAGCGAUGCCCUCAGCCUGGUUUGA